UUAUUCUAAUUGAAUUAAUUCCCCCAACUUCAAUGGUUAUUCCAUUAAUUGGUCGUUAUCUACUCUUUACAAUGUUUCUAGUUUCCUUUUCUAUUGCAAUUUCUGUUGUUACUUUGAAUUUUCAUAGACGUGAUGGAACCCUUCACACAAUGCCUCGAUGGAUUUAUCGUCUUUUUAUUCGUCUAUUACCCAAACUUUUGUUAAUGAAUCCACCGGAGGAGGAUGCCCAGUCAGAGAAUGACGAGUCUACCACUAUAUCUGACACACAAGCCCCUUCAUUUUGUGCUGGUUCCAGGAGGCCAAGUCCAUUUUUUGUUUCUGCUACAAUCCCUGAGGGGGAAUUGAGGCUUUCACAACUCGCACAGAUGAGAGGGCUCGGCCCUGAUGUGCUCAGGAGAAUGUUGGACAAUGUGCAUUUUAUUGCUGAUUAUUUUAGAGCAAAACAGAAACGCGACAAGGCAAGUUUUUUUCCAAAAUGCGCAAUUUUCAUAAUGUCAAGUUAUUUAAAGGUAUCAGAAAAUUGGUCAUACGUUGCAUUUGUCCUCGACAGACUUCUACUGAUAAUAUUUUCAACUACUCUACUUGUUGGAACAAUUUUAAUAUUGUCAAGCUCGCCCCCAGCUACAAGAGAAUGGGGAGAACCAUUAACUACAAUGAGGCCAACAAAGCCCCUAAGUGGAGAUACUUUUGAAUUUGAAUUGAGAGGGGAGACGGAAGUUGAUAAAAUACUUUAA